AUGUCUUUGAACUUGACGGGGACCCCGACUGGGGUGGGUACCGGUGGUAAUUCGUUGACCACUGAUAUGAACACGCAAUUUAAUUCUGCUGAUAUGGCGUGGCUCGGGGUUUCUGCGGCUGGUGUGUGGAUUAUGAUACCGGGCAUCGGGCUGCUGUACAGCGGGAUGUCGAGGAAGAAGCAUGCGUUGUCGCUGCUUUGGGCUUCGAUGAUGGCGGCCUCGGUGGUGAUCUUCCAGUGGUUUUUCUGGGGUUAUUCGUUGGCGUUCUCGCACAGUGUUAAGGGCCACGGGUUCAUUGGCACUUUGCAGAACUUUGGGUUCAUGAAGGUGCUUGGAGCGCCUUCGUCGGUGUCGAGUGUUCCCGAUAUCCUAUUUGCCGUGUUCCAGGGCAUGUUUGCGGGCGUCACAGGGGCGUUGAUGUUGGGUGGUGCGUGUGAGAGGGCUCGGUUGUUCCCGAUGAUGAUCUUUCUGUUCCUGUGGAUGACGAUCGUGUACAGUCCUAUUGCGUGCUGGACGUGGAACUCGCAGGGCUGGCUGGCGUUGCUGGGAGCGCUCGACUACGCCGGCGGCGGUCCGGUGCACAUUUGCUCCGGCCACGGUGCUUUGAUCUAUGCGCUGAUCCUGGGUAAGAGGAACGAUCCUGUCGCCAAGAAGGGCAUGCCAAAAUACAAGCCGCACUCGGUCACUUCCGUGGUGCUCGGGACCGUGUUCCUGUGGUUUGGCUGGCAGUUCUUCAACCCGGGCUCUGCCGGCAACGCUUCCAUCAGAGCCUGGUAUUCCGCUAUGAACACCAAUCUUGCCGCCGCGUGCGGUGGCUUGACCUGGAUGUUCAUCGACUACUUCAGAUCCGGCGGCAAGUGGACCACGGUCGGGCUGUGUUCAGGCAUCAUCGCCGGCCUGGUCGGUAUCACACCAGCGGCUGGGUUUGUUCCUAUCUGGUCUUCCGUGGUGAUCGGCAUUGUGACCGCUACUGGCUGCAACUUUGCUAGCGACCUGAAGAACUUGCUGCACAUCGACGAUGGUAUGGACGUUUGGGCGCUGCACGGUGUCGGCGGUGCCAUUGGCAGCGUGUUCACUGGUAUCUUUGCUGCGGACUACGUGAAUGCCACUGCUGGCGCAGAAGCUGUGCCCAUCGCAGGCGGCUGGAUCAACCACCAUUGGAAGCAGGUUGGCUACCAAUUGGCCGCCAUGUGCUCUACCAUCGCCUGGACCGUCACCGUCACCGCCUGUCUGCUGCUGAUCAUGGACAGAAUUCCAUUCCUGAGACUCAGAUUGAGGGCAGACGAAGAGGAAUUGGGUACUGACGAGGCACAGAUCGGUGAGUUCACCUACAGCGAGGAGACCCCAUACAUUCCAGAGCCCAUAAGGUCGCGGGUGUCGGCUAUCGACCCUGGUCAAGAGCAUAUCGACGAUAAGAUCGUCGGUUCUACAGAACCACAAGAGCCAUCAAGCGUGAGCGAUUCGAACGAGAUGGCUCCUGCUGAAAAGGCUACCGCAUAA